AUGAUUUUGUGUCAGCAAGCAACGAUCAAACACUACAUAGGCGAUACAAGAGAAAAGAUUGAACAAAACUACCUAUCAAAGUUCGUCCGGCGCAUCUUCAGCGGUGAUGUAAACAUGAGAAACCCGGAAGAGGAAGAUCAGAAGACACAAUUCCAAGUAAGCAUGCAAUGGAUUCCCGAGUGUCCCAAUCUACGUGAUUCUGUAGUAGUUGCUUAA